GUAAAUGGGACAUAGAUAAUUAUGAACUACACAAACACGUGCAAUCUUUGUAUAUAAAGCAGUGAAAAUCAGACGUUCAUUAUCAACUACAGUCCCUGUUUUUGGUGAAACCAUGAUGUGGUCUGUAUUGCUAUUCGUGACUCUCUGCAUGGUCCUAAUGGAGGUUAUCCCAUCCUCUCAACUACCAGCUGAGGAUAAUGAAAUGUUCGCCUUCCAAAAUGGACAUUUAGGAGACGGGCCGCCUGGUAAAAGAGAUGUGAGUUUUGAUGGGCAAUCAGGAGACGGGCCACCUGGUAAAAGAGAUGUGAGGUUUGAUGGGCAAUCCGGAGACGGGCCACCUGGUAAAAGAGAUGUGAGUGAUGAAAUAGUUAACGAAAAGGGCAGACUGUUGCACGGAGAGGACUGCUGGCCUCCGUCAUUGUGCAGAAGACGUUAGUACUGUAACAGCUCAAGACUGGCCUUAUUGUAUUGCAGCACUAAUCCAACUUAUGCUUGUUUGUUCUUAGCCUUGAUACUUGUAA